GGAGGGCAGAGGCCUCUCCUUUUCCAGCUCCGGGGGGCGGGGGCUUCCAAAGACGCGAGGCAGGGCGAGGAGGUGUUGCCGGAGCGCUUGCCUUCCGUCGCCCGCGCUGCGCUGCGCUGCCGCUUUGGCUUGUUCUUCUCGUCCAGCGGAGGGCCUAGCAAGGUGGAGGACAAUCAUGCACUGUGCUCAGAAUCAGCACCCCUCUUGACUUCACGCCACACUUCCGCAGCUUUCCAAAGAUGAAUGUGGAACAAACGGCAUCUUGCUGUCAUCGCCAUGGAAGGUCGGCUGAUUGGUAAUGUGGAGAGCCUGUCCCAAGCACCUUCAGGAUCUGGCCCACCGUCUUUCGUCACCUUGCUGAAAGUGCACAGAGAGCUGCUGGUCAGCAGAAUCCGUAACACCCAGUGUUUGAUUGACAACUUGAUUAAGAAUGAAUAUUUCUCAAAUGAGGAUGCAGAGAUUGCUGCUCAGUAUCCUACACAAGCAGACAAGGUCCGUAAAAUUUUGGAUUUGGCCCAGAGCAAAGGAGAGGAAGUCUCGGAGUAUUGCAUCUAUGUCCUGCAGCAAGUUGCCGAUGCUUAUUAUGAUCUUCGUCCAUGGUUGGAAGAGAUUGGGUUUCACCCUACAGAAGUCAUUACUAAGAAACCUGUGGAAAAUACCGACCCAGUUAGCAGGUAUCACCAGAAACUUAGAGAUGAAUUGGGACGGGACACAAAGUUCAUCUCUUCGUAUGCCCAGAAGGAGGACAUGUUGCUUGAAGAAACUUAUUCUGCCAACAUUAUGGAGUUCAUCAAUCACAAAAAUGAGAAACUUGGUAGUGUGAAUGGCCUGGAAGACCUACUUGAUGAUAACAUUGGUUUAAUUAAUGGAGAUGGUGAGACAGUCUAUGUCUUUGGUGAUGCAGGGAUUGGAAAAUCAAUGUUGCUGCAAAAGAUGCAGAAUCUGUGGGCUAAGGGUGAAUUCAAUGUAGGAGCCAAAUUUUUCUUCCGCUUCCGAUGCCGGAUGUUUAGCUGUUUUAAACAGGAUGAAGCUAUAUGUUUGAAAGACCUCCUCUUCAAGUACAAUUGUUUCCCAGACCAGGACCCAGAGGAGGUUUUUUACUUCAUUCUGAAGUUCCCUCACACAGUCCUGUUUACAUUUGAUGGCUUUGAUGAGAUUAAUUCUGACUUUGAUCUCAGCAGUGUGCCUGAGAAUUGCUCACCCAAUGAAUCUAUCCAUGCUCUUGUUCUCCUGGUGGGUCUCCUUAGCGGGAAACUUCUGAAAGGAUCUAAGAAAAUCCUGACAGCAAGGACUGGUACAGAAAUCCAUAAAAACAUUGUUAGGAAGAAGGUUUAUCUCCGAGGGUUUUCCAGCAGUAACCUGAAAGAAUAUACCAAAAUGUUCUUCAGAGAUGAAGGGUGUCGGACUUUGGUUUUGAACCAGCUGGAAGCCAACCCGAAUAUGAGCAGUUUAUGUACUGUGCCUUUAUUUUGCUGGAUUAUCUUCAAAUGUUAUGAUCAUUUCUACUCUGCGUUUGACAGCCAUGAGCUCCCUGACUGCAACGUUACCUUAACAGAUAUUUUCUUGCUCAUGACUGAAGUCCACUUGAACCGAACUCAGAAGACCAACUUGCUGAAGAAGAAUAACAGAAGUCAAGUGGAGACAUUUAGGUCCAAAAAAGAAACAUUGUUCGCACUGAGUAAAAUAGCACACACGGGGAUGGAGAAGUCUCUCUUUGUUUUUGACCAAGACGAGAUCACCACCAGCCUCUGUGAGCAGGAUUUGCACUUGGGGUUCCUCAGAGCCGUUCCUACCUAUGGAGACUGUGGAGACCAAUCUUCCUAUGAAUUCUUGCACCUGACUUUGCAGUCCUUUUUCACAGCUCUGUUCCUAGUUACUGACGAGAAAGUGGGUGGAAAGGAGCUACUGAAGUUUUUUGCCGAAUGCGCCACACCAGACACUGCCCUGCGAACUUGCUUUCCAAUCCGCUGGUUGAAUAAUUACCGACCAACCGGAGCAGAUCCCUUCCGGAAUAACGAGCACUUUCAUUUUACCAACCUCUUCCUUUGUGGCCUGCUUUCCAAGGCCAGGCAGAAGCUCUUGGGGCAUUUGGUUUCACCGGCAUCGAUUAAGAAGAAGAGGAAGGUGCUCCUUGCCUAUUUCUUUGAGAGCAUGAAGUCCCACCUAAGGAGCCUCACCCGAGCAAGACUAAAGCAAUACAAACAGGUUCAAGUUAUGCCCAAUUUUAUUUGGAUGCUGAGGUGCAUCUAUGAGACGCAGAGUGAGAAAGUGGGGAGGGUGGUUGCCAAGGGCAUGCGCGCAAACUAUGUCAAGCUGACCUACUGCAAUGCCUAUUCUGCCGACUGCAGCGCCAUUUCCUUUGUCAUGCAUCAUUUCCAGAAGCGCCUGGCUCUUGACCUGGACAACAACAAUAUCAAUGAUUAUGGUAUAAAGCAACUUUUGCCUUGCUUCAGCAGGCUGGCAGUGCUCAGGGUAAGCGUUAACCAGAUCACAGAUCAAGGAAUAAGAGUGCUUUAUGAUGAACUGUCGAAGUACAAAAUUGUGACUUAUUUGGGCUUGUAUAACAACCAGAUCACUGACAUUGGAGCCAAAUACGUUGCAAGACUCAUUGAAGAAUGCCCAAGUCUCAUAUACGUUAAAAUAGGAGCCAACAGAAUAACCACUGAGGGAGGGAAAAGCCUCGCUUAUGCCAUCCAGAAGAGUAAAACUAUGUAUGAAAUCGGAAUGUGGGGUAAUGAGAUUGGGGAUGAAGGCGCAAAGGCGUUUGCAGAAGCACUAAAGAAUCACCCCACUUUAACAAAUGUCAGUCUUGCAUUCAAUGGUAUCACUACAGAAGGGGGCAAAUGUCUUGCAGAAGCAAUGAAGCACAACAACACCGUGAAUAUAUUUUGGCUAACAAAGAACGAGUUGGAUGACGAAGCGGCUGUGGCCUUUGCUGAAAUGCUUAAAGUCAACAAGAAGCUGGGCCAUCUUUGGCUUAUCCAGAAUCAGAUUACUGCCAAAGGAGCCAAGUGCCUGACUGAUGCUCUGCAGGACAAUACGACCAUUAAAGAAGUCUGCUUAAAUGGAAACCUGGUAAGCCAAGAGGAGGCAAAAGCCUUUGAAAAUGAAGAAAGGAUCAUUUGCUUUUGAGAAAUUACUUUCCGUUUUGGAUUCUUGCCUGUAUGCCAAGAGCUGUUACCGCUGCGAUUGAAGCCAUAACACCUACAGCAGUUCGAAUUGGAUGCGAGGCUAGAGCAUGCUACACUGUACAAGACCAGUGGUCAGAAUUCCUGGUGUUGUUCCUUUUGCAGCCUCAGGAAAGAAGAUUGGAUUGGGCCGGAAGAUAUGAGCAGGAGUGUUUGCCCAUCUAUUGGAUUUGGUGAUUUCCCCCCCCCCCAUUUGAAUCCCCUCCUUCCCAGAGCUGCUGGGGUGUGUGGGGGGGGGGGAUGACCCUGAUCAUAGAUGGGUUUGUAUAUCGUUUAAUCAGACUCUUUGAACCAUACUUUCAUCUGCAUUUUUUUAAGAAAAAGAAAGCACUACCCUUGUUUUUACAUCCUAGAGGGGACGUUAUCUUCGUUUAUACCUUGCUUCCCUAGAGAUAGGGGGAGCCUCUUUGUACAUGAGCAAAGAUACGCCAACUAUGUUCCUUUGACAUCAGUGAUGUGCAUAAGUGUAAAUAAGUCUCUCUAACUUGUUUAUAUAUGGCGCAAGUUUGCAAAUGGAGGUAGAAUGCUAAUAGGAAUGCCACCUGGUAGUCAUCAAGCAGUUGACUGUUACUGAUCAACAGGUGAUCUACCUAUUGCCAUUACUUCAAACGUGUCACCCUUUUUGGCUCACAUUGUCAAGAUGUGGCCUGCCACAUAAAUGGCCACUGUUGCAUACAAGAACAGCGUCCUGUGUCUUACUCUGCCUAUUUUACAUUGGGGCCGAGACUCCGUGCCAAGGUUGCUGGAGGGUGGGGGGGCAAGGUCAAGAUUCCAGGGAACCUCCCCAUUCAGAAGCAGUAAACCUCUGAACACCAGGAGGCAGUAUCAGGGGAUGGGCAGCAUCAGGAGGUUGCAUGAGGGAAAGACCUCAGCACCUGUG